UUUAUUGUAGAAAAAAUUAUUAUAAAAAAAUGCCUAGGCAAUGCACACGGAGUUAGUUUGUUGCAAUUGCCGGUUUCCUUGGCUACCUUGGUGCUCCCUCGGCAUAUCCAAUAUGGUCGUCAAAAUCCGGGCCCUGCUGAUGAGACUCCAGUUUUCAUCGAUAAUAGUAGUAAAACAAGUGAAGUAACGUGUGCUAGUGAUAAAUUUGAAAUAUAACUACAAAAUACCUUAAUAGAACUCAGAUCAGCACAAAAAAUUAUUGAGCUGCUACAAGAAAAGAUAAAACACCCCCAAUCGAACCAUAAGUACAGAUGAAUGUUACUUGCAUCACAACGAGAAUUCGACACAAUUGGAACUAAAAAAGGGAAAUGGGUUCAUGUGUCCUGAUUGCGUUGGAAAGGAGACAGUAAGCCAGAAGUAAACUAUGCUGUUCCAAUACCUAUCAUUGCAAACCGCUGUGAGCUACUAAAUAAUCUCAACCAGCCGACAAAUACAACACAAUGAGAACACGUUAGACAGGAAAAGUGACAACGAAUUAGAGCAAAAAGGAACCGAAGCCCGGACGUAUGGCAGAUGCCGAAGACAUCCAGUAACAAGGAUUUUGAGAGAGAAAUGAUUGAAGAGAAGAAACGUCGGGAAGAAGGCAAACGUGGAGCUUGGAAUGAAGUUGAGAUUGAGAUAAUGAAAAGUUCGUGCGUCAUGAGGGCUACAGUGGUACGACCUCAGACUUCAAAGAGGGGGAGGGCUACAGACCAGAUGUUAAAACUUGACUGCACAGAUGAUGAUGGACAUGUGCUUAAUGCAAAGGAGGCUUUCAGAUACCUGUCUCAUAAAUUUCAUAGAAAGGGACCUGGCAGAAAUAAAGUAGUGAAACGGAUGAAGAAGAAUGAACAGGAAGGAGUGAGUAUCGGUCCAGACCUGGUCAUGAGCUGUUAUUUGUAACUAGUACUAUAUUGU